AGUUCCUGCGUGUUGCUCUGAGCACCCUCCUUCCCUCCCUCGGGCCGCUCCGCGCGCACUCCGGAGUUGAGGAUGAAGCCGCAGAACAUUAGGACCCUCUCUCUCAUCCUCUCCAUAGUUUUAUACCUGCUGCUGGGAGCCGCCGUGUUUGACGCGCUGGAGUCGGAAAGCGAGGUUUUUCGGAAGAAGGCGCUGGAGCAGAAGCUGAACGAUCUGAAGAGUAAGUACGGCUUCACGGCGGAGGACUACCGAGACAUCGAGAGGGUGGUGCUGCAGUCCGAGCCGCACCGCGCCGGGAGGCAGUGGAAGUUCGCAGGGUCUUUUUAUUUUGCCAUCACUGUCAUCACCACAAUUGGUUACGGCCACGCUGCUCCACGCACUGACGCUGGCAAGGCCUUCUGUAUGUUUUACGCUGUCCUGGGCAUCCCUCUGACCCUGGUCAUGUUCCAGAGCCAGGGCGAGAGGAUCAACACCUUCGUCCGCUUCCUCCUGCGCAGAGCCAAGCAGGGCCUGGGCUUCCAGCAGACCGAGGUGUCCAUGGGGAACAUGGUGCUGGUGGGCCUGCUGUCGUGCAUGAGCACCCUGUGUGUCGGAGCCGCAGCCUUCUCCCACUUUGAGGACUGGACCUUCUUUAACGCUUAUUACUACUGCUUCAUCACGCUCACCACCAUCGGAUUUGGAGAUUUUGUGGCCUUGCAGAAGACUGAUGCUCUCUCGAAGCGACCCCCCUAUGUGGCGUUUAGCUUCGUGUACAUUUUGGUGGGGCUGACGGUCAUUGGGGCUUUUCUUAACCUGGUGGUGCUGAGGUUUCUGACUGUAAGCACCGGGGAGCGGGACGUGAAGCCUGAAUCAAGGGUGGCGGAGCAGCCUCAGGACACGCAGGGGGAUAGGGAGGUGUCGGAGGCAGAAACUGCUGAUCUCUCUGAUCCCAGCAGACUCAGGGCCUUGCUCUCCUGCAUCUGCUGUGCUUUAUACGACCGCCCAUCUCCGCCUCAUCCUGACGAGGUGGGCGGCCACAGCAACCCCGUCUUUUACAACUCCAUCUCCUACAGGGUGGAGCGGGCCUCCUGCAGCUCCUGCUUCACCUCCUCACAGGCCUCCCCCUGCAGCCAGGCUCUCUGUGCGGGCAAGAACUAUCCCCACAGCAGGAGGAAGUCAUUAUAACUCUCCAAACAUUACACUUUGUGGCCUUUGUUCUGGACGUUUUGCACACAACACUGAACCCUCUGA